GACUGCUGCUUUACACACGUACUGUAAACGGUGUGUCCACCACUGCUGGAGGAGAAGAUGGCGACUGUACUCGGUACUUCCAUGGUCACUCUGGUCGGAGUCAGCGUCUUCAUCGCUGCGCUGACUUACAUCACUUACAAGUUGAUCGGCGGUUUCCUGCACAAGUGGUUUAUGCUGAAAUCUGUGCCUGAGUUGGAGGGAACUUAUCCCCUCAUUGGAAACGCGCUACAGUUGAAAACCAGUUCUGGGGAUUUCUUCCGUCAAAUUGAAGAGAUAACCCGUACGUACUAUGACGCGCCGCUCUUUAAGCUUUGGAUUGGACCGGUGCCAUUUCUGAUUCUGUUUCAUGCUGAAACUGUUGAGACACUUCUGAACAACUCCAUUCACAUGGACAAAGCCUAUGCAUACAACUUCCUCCACCCUUGGCUUGGAACUGGACUUCUCACUAGCACUGGGACUAAGUGGCGUCAGCGGCGGAAGAUGUUGACGCCCACCUUCCACUUCUCCAUCCUCACAGACUUCAUGGAGGUGAUGAACGAGCAGGCGGAUGUGCUGUUGGAGAAGCUGGAGAAAAAGGCCGGGAAAGGAAAAUUCAACUGCUUCAGCGACGUCACUCUCUGUGCUCUGGACAUCAUCUGUGAAACUGCCAUGGGAAAGAAAAUUAAUGCUCAGAAUGACACUGAAUCGAACUAUGUUGAAUCUGUGUACAAAAUGAGUGACAUUGUCUCCCGCCGACAGAGGAAACCUUGGUUUUGGCCUGACGCCCUGUACAAAAUCUUUGGUGAUGGUCGGGCUCAUGACAAGAAUCUGAAGGUUCUACAUGAGUUCACAUACAGCGUCAUCCGUGAAAGAGCAGCGGAGCUUUCCUCCUCUCAAGAAUCAGAAACCGACCAGGGCAAGAAGAAAAGACAGGCGUUUCUGGACAUGCUCUUGAAGACGACAGAUGAGAAUGGCAAUAAGAUGAGCCACCAGGACAUUCAAGAGGAAGUUGACACCUUUAUGUUUGAGGGUCAUGAUACAACAGCCGCAGCUAUGAACUGGGCCCUUCAUCUGAUCGGCUCUCACCCUGAGGUGCACAGCAAAGUCAACGAAGAGCUUCAGGAAGUGUUCGGUUCAUCUGACCGGCACGCAAACACAGAAGAUCUAAAGAAGCUCAAAUACAUGGACUGUGUGAUCAAGGAGGCGCUGCGAUUGUUCCCCUCUGUGCCUUUCUUUGCCCGCAGCAUCUGUGAGGACUGCCAUAUCAAGGGUUUCAAGAUUCCCAAAGGUGCCAACGCAAUCAUCGUCACGUACGCUCUUCACCGCGACCCGAGAUACUACCCCGAACCCGAGGAGUUCAGGCCUGACCGCUUUCUACCCGACAACUGUGUGGGAAGGCCUCCUUAUGCUUACAUCCCCUUCUCUGCCGGACUCCGCAACUGUAUCGGCCAGCGUUUCGCGCUGAUGGAAGAGAAGGUGGUUCUGUCAUCCAUUCUGCGCAGGUUCAACGUUGAAGCUUGUCAGAAACGAGAGGAGCUGCAGCCGAUUGGAGAACUCAUCCUCCGACCAGAGAAAGGCAUCUGGAUCAAACUGGAAAGGAAAGCGACGUCAUAAAAACACCUGGACCAGUUCACAAAUGCCUUAUCUCUCAGUAUAGGAUCCUUAAUGGCCUUUAUUAAUUCACUAUAAUCUUCAUGUCUUGUUUUUUUUUUUACAAUUAUAAAAUAUGUACUGAUCUUUCUACAUUCUUAUUCUGUAUCUUUGUAUUAAAAAAGACUUUCCUAUGGCCUAAAAAUAUUUUAAUACAAACAAGAUCAUAAUGACUUGUUAUAAUUUCAUCAUAUUAAGUGCCAACAAUAAAAAUGGAAUUACUAACCUAAAAGAGUGAUAUUUAAUCCGUUUUGGGAUAUAAAUUGGGUCAUUUUAAAUCACAUUACUGAUUAUUAACUCGAUAGAAAUGAGAUCAAUGAUGCUCGUGCAUUAGAAACUUUUCAUUGCUUUCCAUUUUCUAGGUCACAGCUUUUGUAAUAUGACAUUUAACAAUUCUGCCCAUUUAUAAAGACUUUUACUCUUUCAGAGCUGCAAACCUAGAGGAACAACAUUGACACAAGAAUGAUUAGAAAUGUUUUAAUAGAUUAGGAACACAUGCUUGAAAAGCACCUGCAAACACCUGAACAAAGAUAAGCCUUUGUACAUAUUUGUAUAGUGUUUAAGCUGAGUGUCAAUUUUCAUUUACAUUAGGUUCUUUUCUUGGAUUCCAUACAUAUUUAAAUAGUUUUUUAUGAGUCGUCUUACUGUAAUCAGUUUACAAUGUCAGACACAUUGUCCAAUUUGUGUUCACGUGUCUUUAUCUCAUAUACUAUAUACUAUAUUAUCUAUAGUUUCAAAAAAUGACUGACGGCUAACAUUUUACUGAUGGCUGUAAGUCUGAUGUUAUUAUCCGUGCUGGUUCACGUCACCUCAGAGGAAGACCAUCUGUUAUCAGUGACACCUGCACUUUUCCUACAUGAGUCUUUGUGUCUUCUAAGGACACAGUGUACUUCAUAACAAGCCUUGCUUGACUGAGCUCAUCGUGUCCACUCGUGUGCGUUGGAUUUCUCUGCAUACUCUGGCCUCCCUGGGGCGGAUUGGGGUUAGAUAGACUAAAUAAGCCAUAGGUGUGAACAUCUUCCCAGUGACAGGCUGGUGAUGUAUCCAUGGUGUACCGCAACUCUCACUCAAUGACAGAUCAGUACCAUUUUGUCCUAGGCAGGAAGUUAAUAUAUACUUGGUUUGUUUAUUGCUCAAGAGUAGCAGUUACCUCACUUGGCAGCACAAGAUUUCCUUUCAAGUCACAGUUUAUUACCCUUGAGCGCUUUGAGGUGCUAGUAAUUCAAAAAAUGUCAACAAGACAAAAGGAAAAACAAACAUUUGAUGGACUGUAGUUUCAAUAAAGACCCUAAAACAUUC